AUGGCUGCAGAAGGAAGCAGGAAUACCUUUGAGGCAUCGUUGGGGCCAACCAGCUCCAAUGACGACGUUCAUGGAACGCUGACAGCGCACGAGUACGUGCCUACAGCAGCUCACCGCUGGGAGAGCUUGACGUGGGGAGAAAUCCUCCCCUACUACUUGCCGUGCUUGUCGUGGCUUCCCAAGUACGGACCCCUGUACCUUUUGGGGGACUUGAUUGGGGGCUUGACGUUGGUGUUCUUCCAGUUGCCGUUGUCGUUAUCGUACGCCACCACAUUGGCACACGUUCCCGUGGUUUCAGGGCUCUUCUCUUUGGGGGUGUCUCCGUUGAUCUACCUCAUCUUUGGUAGUGUUCCCCAGAUGGUGGUGGGUCCUGAGGGACCCAUUUCGUUGGUGGUCGGCCAGGCCAUCGAGCCGUACUUGCACCACGCCAAGAAGAAGAACUUGGACCCUAUGGAGUACGUGGUGGCCAUCACGUUUGUUAGUGGAGCCAGUUUGCUCGGGUUUGGCUUGGGUAGAUUCGGAUUCUUGGAUAACGUGUUGAGUGCGUCGUUGUUGAAGGGAUUUAUCAGUGGCGUGGGGAUUGUCAUGGUCAUCAACGCGUUGGUGCUGGCCUUGGGGUUGCUGGCGUUGCAGAAACAGAUAUCCGACGAUCCAUCCCAGAUGGACAUCCACUCGCCUUUCGACAAGGUGGUAUUCUUGUACUACCACGUCCGCGAGUCGAACCCCCUCACCAUGAAAAUCAGUUUCGUGGGGUUCUUUGUCAUAAUGGCAGUGAGAACUUACAAGAAGUAUGCCGCUCGUCGCCCUGGAAAAUGGUCACAGAGGGCAGUUUACAUCCCAGAAAUCUUGUUGGUGGUGGGCACGUCGACCUGGUUAUGCUCGAAGUACCGUUGGGACUUGGCAGGAAUCGACAUCAUUGGUAAGGUGCACAACGACGGGGUUUUCCAGCUCUACAACCCGUUUGCCAGAAAAAUGUGGCCUUUGAUGAAGAGAUUUGGAACCGCAGGCUUCCUGGCUGCUAUGCUUGGGUUUUUUGAAUCCACAACAGCAUCCAAAUCGUUGGGGUCCACCUACGACUUGCCCAUCUCCUCCAACCGUGAAUUGGUGGCCCUCGGGUUCAUCAACAUUUGUAACUCAUCCUUUGGAGCAUUGCCAGCUUUUGGUGGAUACGGAAGAAGUAAGAUCAAUGCCAUUUCGGCCAAGACCACAGUUUCCGGUGCAAUUAUGGGCAUCUGCACUUUGUUCACGUUAUUCAAUCUUUUGGAUUACCUCUACUUUGUUCCCGAGUGUAUGUUGAGUGUUAUCACCGCGGUCAUCGGAAUCCUGUUGAUCGAGGAGGCACCAUACGAGUUGUAUUUCCACUGGAGAAGCCGGGGUUACAACGAGCUUAUUACGUUUGGGGUCACAGUGACCACCACCUUGUUUUUCUCCAUUGAAGCAGGUGUUGCUGUGGGGCUAAUUUACUCAUUAAUCAGAGUUAUUCGCCAUUCUGCAGCGUCCCGGAUCCAGAUUUUGGGCAGAUAUCCUGGCUCAAACAAAUUCUUGGAUGCAGACUUACCUACCAGCAACUCGAAAGUAUCGGCACCCAAUGUCGGACACCCCAACUUAGACUUUUUUACCGAUGAAAACUUGACCUUCUUGAACACCAAUGCCCUUGAGGAAAUCGAGGGUUGUUUGAUCAUCAAGAUUCCGGAACCAUUGACAUUCACAAACAGCAACGAUCUUCGGUCCCGUUUAUUGAGAAUGGAGAUGUACGGGUCCUCUAAGGCCCAUCCUGCUCUGAAACGGAGCAGAGAUGCCAAGAUGACAAGUUACAUUAUUUUUGAUUUGGACGGAAUGAGUGAAUUGGACUCCUCGGCUGCCAUGAUCUUGUCGGACUUGUUACAGGGAUACAGAAAGAGAGACAUCCCUGCCUUCUUUGUGAGGGUGCAUAACAGUGACAAGUUGCGCAAGCGACUCCAUGACUGUGGCAUAGUGGAUUUCUUGAUGGACAGCUUGGAAACUGUCCAGUACUUCUCUGUGCAGCGGAUGCUUACACAAUCUCUGAUUGGCCACGAGGAAAUCACUCCAUUUGACAUGGAUGAGUCGUCUCACAUCUACAACUUGAUAGAGAGCCCACAAACUCCAUUCUUCCAGCAUAUUAGUGAUGCAUUGAAGGUGAUUGACUUCUACGAAGUCCGCCAGCUUUCGCAGCGUAGCUCGGAGUUCUUGGAGGUCGACCAGGCUGAAAGAAGGUCCAGUCUUCCGGGAACUGUGGUGUGA